AUGUACAACGGCGGUCUUCUACCACGACUUACUUUUGACGACGAACCAGUUAAGCUGCCCGAAUAUCAGCCAGGCGACCGAUGGGUACCACAUCGCGCCUUUUUCGGACAGAAUGACUACAUCGGUGAGCCAGGUGGUCUUUUGAAUCCAAAGUUUCACCAUUGUGAAUUGCGAGCCCUGUUUGAGGACACUGUAACUGGAUUUUGUGGGACUGAAUUUUAGCUGGAUGGGAAACAGUUAGAGCUGAUAAAAGCAAACAGGCAAGUCCCAGGAAGCAGUUCAGAAGAAGGUGCGAUGACAAUGAAAACAUCUUUUCUUAGCUAGAGAGCCGUUUUUCGCUGGAAUUGUCAGUGAUAGUAACGCUAAAAGACCGCCACUUACUUGUCCAGAUGUCCUUGCGCUCUUAUUUCCUGUCAACACAACUUGUGUUCACAUCACGAACCACCUAUCAGUGCGCAGAAUAUGCUCCAGGUAAGGCCUCUACCUGAGUCGGUGAUGGCAGGUCUUUUCAGUGGUGAGUAAAAUCGGUCUGUCACUUUGAGAACUGGCUACAUUCGUAUUCGGCGUGGAAUGCUCGUGCAAAUAUGGUUUUCCUCGGUUACCUUCAUUGUUACUUAACAGUUCAGUACCAAUCUUGAUGGAGUUGCCAGCACAAAAAUGUGUAGUUUAUGAUAUGGAGAUCCGGGGUAGUCUUGCAAAUAUACCUAUUCAUGUUUAGAAUAAUCUCUAGUUGGUUUUGUGCGAAGCAGUACCAAGUGCUAAAUCAUCGCGAGUGCUUUAAGAAGAACAACGGCCAAUUCCAGUGGAAUCAACGGCAAUUUCUUUGGCAAGAUUUUGUUCUCACUUCUAGAUAUCCUCGGUAACGGAAACUUAAAACCCGAGGAUUUCUACGUGGGACCAAUCUGGGCCCUCACUGCCCGAAAUGAGUUCCAAAGAGUCUGCAAUUUGCUGUUUGACCCCGCUGUAGUAGCUUGGCUGGAAGAAUUUGAGCCUUCGCGUCUACACGACCUCCGAAAACGACACAAGUUCCUCUACGGGAGAAUGAAUAGACGAAAGAACAUUAAAUUCAAGAAGUACCGCGAUCGCCCUUGA